UGCACAAAUAGUCCACACAGUUGUUAUUUUCCUGUCGGGUUGUUUGCCCAACAUUGCAUGUACACGGCGCACGGCCACCAGUGUCUCCAGCACCAAAGUUCCAGCCCUUGCGAUGCUGCUGUUGGGAAUUGUUGUCUCGGUCUUCGUGUCGGCAGCGGCAGUGGACCUGGCCUCACCGGAAGUGUUUGACCCCAGGUUUUACAUCAACACUAACGUGGAGGUGCUGCGGGCUGGGGUCAGGAGUGCGGCUGCUGCCAAGAAUCACUGGCUGACACAUGGCAUACAUGAGGGGCUGCAGGCUUGUGGCAAAUUCCACUCUGUGCAGUACCUGGCCAGGUACAGUGAUCUUCAUAACGCGUUUGGGAAGGAUUACCAAAGAGCUGUGGAGCACUACCUGACCUUUGGGCUCAAAGAAAACCGCCUGGGCUACCUUGAAGGGGGUUACGGAGACCGAUGGACCGUGUCAGAUCCUAGUCACGGUCUGUUCGUCAGUGCUUCUCGGAGGAUGGGGGGUGCCAUCGACAGCCUGGUGUGGAACAACCACGAAUUCAUCAACGCUUGGGACCACGGGCGGGAACUGCAGAUGGCGAUGAACUUCGUGCCUUACGGAGAGGCGUUCAACCCCACAGAAGGAGGCGGCAGGACAGACAGUCAAGAGGACUCGACCAAAACCGUAAUCAGGCACAUACAUGCUGAAGGCAAGAACCUAACCUCGGAGGUUCUCCCAGCUUUCUGGAUGAGGGCGAGCGAUCCAGAGUCUGUCAACGUCAUCGACACCUACCAAUAUCCGUUUUCUAAAACAGUCACACUCAGCUGCCCAGGAGUGGCCACAGCCUGCUUGGUUUUCCAAUCAACCUUUACUGUAGCAGGUGACAUCCCAGCAUACACUGUGCUACAAAUGGAGGCCCCGACCGGUUACAUGCCCAGCGAGUUCACCGUGUUCCGCAGCGUGCACCUGACUAGUGGUCAGCUGGUGACGUACACCGACACGCACCCAGUCGUGGCCUCCACUGCCGAUGAUCGCUAUGCCAUGGGAGUGUACGCACCUCCUGGCCAGGACACCGACCUUUUCCAGUACUAUGGCGUCUUCCACUUCGGAUCCAACCCCGACAGCCCUUCUGACACCAACAAGUGGAACGUCGUCUACCGUAAAAACACAUUUCCACGCGGAAGUACUCACGUACAGAAGUACACGGUGUACAUCUGUGUUGGCACGGUAGUGGACGUCGUGAGCUGCAUCAACACUCUCAGGCACUCUACGGGAGAUGCUAUAGUCGGCUGAAAUCUGCUGAUGCUUGAUAACAGAGACAAGUGCAGUCAUUAUAGUGAUGACUACAAUUCAGAAAACUUUCUUUGAUUAAAGAUUAGCAAAUAAUCAUAAUAUCCUUCACUAUUUUUACACCUCCAGCUGAGGUUCUUAUAUUUUCUACAAAGCUGGAACACAAAUGAUGUCCAGUUACAUUUCUACAGUAAUUCCCUUCGGUGUUUUGGAAGUGUACCAACUCGUUCUAGAGAACUAUAAUUUGUCUGUUUCAAAAAAUA